GCUUCGCAAUCCAUUGGGUGACGAUCGUGCUCUGCCGCUGAAGUGUAUUUUUCGCUGGGUCACGAACCGACUGAAAUAGUGAACAAAAUGACUUCCAAAAAUGAAAAUUUGGCAGCAGUUUUGUUCAAGGCCAAUGACCUGAGAGUGGUCAACAAACCCAUGCCUCCUCCGACGAGAGACGAUGACGUGUUGCUGCGCAUGGGCCGGGUGGGCAUAUGCGGUACAGACUUGUCGUACCUGAGCAAAGGCAAGAUGGGAACCGAACCCAUUGUGCUGGGGCACGAGGCGGCGGGCACGGUGUUGCAGUGCGGCGCUAACGUCAAGCAUCUCAAACCAGGUGACCGCGUGGCAGUCGAACCUAACCUGCCAUGCCACCGCUGCGAGUAUUGCAUGACCGGCCGCUACAACCUUUGCCAGCUCAUAACCAAAGUUUUCAUGUCCCCUGAUAAAGGCAAUCUCUGCCACUACUACCGUCAUCCCGCAGCUUUCUGCCACAAGCUGCCGGAAAACGUGAGUUUGGAGGAAGGCGCGUUUCUGGAACCUCUGAGCUGCGCCGUCCACGCGGUGCGUCGCGCGGGAGUGACGCUCGGAGUGACGCUCGGCACGCGGCUGCUCAUUUGCGGCGCCGGCCCCAUCGGCGUUUUGUCCAUGAUGGUCGCGCGCAGCAUGGGCGCCACGCGCAUCUGCAUCACCGACUUGAACAAGGACCGUUUGAGUCUGGCGAAGCAGCUUGGUGCGGACAGUGUCAUCCACGUAACUCCUGGUCGCACGGAGAAAGACUUGGCCAUGGAAGUUAGGGAGAAGCUGGGCGGUCGCCAGCCCAACGUGACUAUGGACUGCAGCGGAGCAGAAGCUUCCAUUAGACUGGCCAUUGAGGCGACUGAGUCUGGAGGUCGAGUGGCGCUGGUGGGGCUGGGACCUCGCGAAGUUAAAGUCCCUCUCGUGGACUCAGCCAUCAGGGAAGUUGACAUCUUCGGUGUCUUCUGCUACGCGAACGAUUUCAAAGAUGCUCUUGAGCUCGUGGCGUCAGGCCGCGUCAACGUGAAG